AUGCAGAAGAGCGUCAGAUACAAUGAAGGACACGCUCUGCACUUGGCGCUCGUUGCGCGCAAAGAGGGGACGAAGCGCGGGUUCCUGAGCAAGAAGACGGCGGAGAACAGCCGGUGGCACGACAAGUGGUUCGCCCUCUACCAGAAUGUGCUCUUCUACUUUGACAACGACCAGAGUCACAGACCCGCCGGGAUCUACCUGAUCGAGGGCUGCACCUGCGAGCAGGUACCCGCACCCAAACCCCCCGCUGUGGGCAAAGAGACCCCGCACAAGCAGCAUUACUUCACGAUAAUCUUUGGCCAUGAAGGACAGAGGCCACUGGAGCUUCGGAUUGAGGAAGAAGGUGACUGUGAGGCGUGGGUAGAUGCUAUUCAACAGGCCAGUUACUGUGACAUUAUGAUUGAGCGAGAGGUACUGAUGCAGAAGUAUAUUCACCUGGUUCAGAUCGUGGAAACCGAGAAAAUUGCAGCCCAUCAGCUCCGCCAGCAGUUAGAGGAUCAAGACACGGAGAUUGAGAGACUAAAAGCUGAGAUUGUUGCCCUCAACAAGACUAAAGAACGGAUGCGUCCUUAUCAGGGGAAUCAGGAGGACGAAGAUCCUGAUAUUAAAAAGAUUAAGAAGGUUCAGAGCUUUAUGAGAGGCUGGCUAUGCAGAAGGAAGUGGAAGACAAUUGUUCAGGACUAUAUCUGCUCUCCCCAUGCAGAGAGCAUGAGGAAGAGGAACCAGAUAGUCUUCAACAUGGUGGAGGCGGAAGCAGAGUAUGUGCAGCAACUUUACAUCCUGGUGAAUUGCUUCCUGCGGCCUUUGAGGAUGGCUGCAAGUUCAAAGAAGCCCACGAUAAGUCAUGACGAUGUCAGCAGCAUUUUUCUCAACAGCGAAACUAUCAUGUUCCUUCAUGAGAUAUUUUAUCAAGGAUUGAAAGCACGGAUAGCUAACUGGCCAACUCUCAUAUUGGCCGACUUAUUCGAUAUUUUAUUACCUAUGCUGAAUAUCUACCAAGAGUUUGUCCGAAACCAUCAGUACAGUCUGCAGGUGUUGGCAAACUGUAAGCAAAACAGGGAUUUCGACAAGCUGCUGAAACAGUAUGAAUCAAAUCCAGCAUGCGAGGGACGGAUGCUGGAGACCUUCCUUACAUAUCCUAUGUUUCAGAUCCCACGGUAUAUAAUAACACUACAUGAACUCUUGGCACAUACGCCACAUGAGCACGUGGAAAGAAAAAGCCUGGAAUUUGCCAAGUCAAAACUGGAAAAUUUAUCAAGAGUAAUGCAUGAUGAAGUGAGUGACACAGAAAAUAUUCGGAAAAACCUUGCAAUAGAGAGAACGAUUGUGGAAGGAUGUGACAUCUUGCUGGAUACAAGCCAGACUUUUGUACGCCAAGGUUCUCUUAUACAGCUCCCUUCGGUGGAGAGAGGGAAGCUCACCAAAGUCCGUCUAGGCUCCCUUUCUUUGAAGAAGGAAGGAGAAAGGCAGUGCUUCUUAUUUACAAAGCACUUUUUAGUUUGCACAAGAAGUUCCGGAGGAAAGCUGCAUCUUCUGAAGACUGGAGGUGUUCUCUCCCUGAUGGACUGCACUCUUAUAGAAGAGCCUGACUCCAGUGAGGAUGAAUCCAAAAGCUCUGGACAGGUUUUUGGGCACCUAGACUUCAAAAUUGUGGUCGAGUCUCCCGAUGCUCCACCAUUCACUGUUGUGCUGUUAUCUCCAUCGCGACAGGAAAAGGCUGCGUGGACAAGUGACAUUAGUCAGUGCAUAGACAACAUAAGAUGCAAUGGUCUGAUGAACAACGUGUUUGAAGAAAAUUCAAAAGUUACAGUGCCUCACAUGAUUAGAUCUGAUAUCCGACUUCACAGUGAUGAUAUUGAUAUCUGCUUCAGUAAGACACUGAACUCCUGUAAAGUGCCACAGAUUCGCUACGCCAGUGUCCAGCGACUUCUGGAGAGACUAACCGAUUUGCGCUUUCUCAGCAUUGACUUCCUGAACACCUUCCUUCACACCUACCGUACAUUCACCUCUGGACUGGUGGUCCUAGAGAAACUGACUGAUAUCUACAAGAAGCCAUUCACCUCCAUCCCCUUCAGGUCACUGGAACUAUUUUUCGCGACUAGUCAGAGCAGCAGGUCAGAGCACAUGAACGAUGGAAAAUCCCCUCGAUUGUGCCGCAAGUUUUCUUCGCCUCCUCCGCUCUCAAUCUCCCGGACCUCAUCUCCCAUCCGAACUCGAAAACUCUCCCUCAGUUCUCCUGUGAAUUCUAGAGUAGGAGCUCUCGACCUUUCCACCACCUCCUCCUCCACCUCCUCCUCCUCCUCCUCCACCUUGAGCAAUCCUACCUCUGCUUACACCCCAAAUACCUCUCCACCUCCCGUAGCGACUAAAGUACCACUCGAUCUCAGCAAAGGCCCCUCACCCCCAGAUCAGAUUCCCCUGUCGACAGAGGAAAAUUCAGAGCAUCCCCGUGUUGAUAUAAGCAAGUUACGAAGAAGCUUCAGGAGAGCAGGUCUAGAGUCUCUGUCUUUGGACAAGACAAUUCCAGAAGGGGCUCAGACUGUCGAGGCAGCAGAAAUGUCUCCAUGUAGAUCUCCUUCUACCCCACGGCAUCUCAGAUUCCGGCAGUCAGGAGGUGAGGUUCAGUCUGGUGUGAUGGGAGCCGGCUGCAGAGAGAUGGACAAUGCACGCUGCUCUGUGUCUCCUACUUCAGCAUUCGCCAUUGCCACAGCGGCAGCAGGACAUGGAAGUCCGUCAGCCGAAAACACAGGAGUGCAGGAAAAGUUUAGACGAGUUUCUAUGGGAGGAUUUAACAAUACAGAGCGCAUGUGUGAUAAAGAAUUUAUAAUCCGUAGGGCAGCUACAAACCGUGUCUUGAAUGUCCUCCGACACUGGGUUUCCAAACACUCUCAGGAUUUUGAGAUGAACAGUGAGUUGAAGGCAUGUGUUCUGGGGUUGUUAGAAGAAGUGAUGCGAGAUCCUGAUCUUCUGCCGCAAGAAAGGAAAGCUACCGCCAACAUUUUAAGUAAACUCUCUGUCAGUGCGCUUUCACAUGAAGAACUGGAUGAUGCACAGCUGAGGAUGGAAGAUAUUAUACAGCUGACAAAUGGCCCCAGGAUGGAAUCCUUUGAGACUCUCUCAGCCAUGGAACUAGCAGAGCAGUUAACACUCCUUGAUCAUAUUGUUUUCAGAAGCAUACCAUAUGAGGAGUUUCUUGGUCAAGGCUGGAUGAAACUUGAUAAAAAUGAACGGACCCCAUACAUCAUGAAAACCAGCAAGCAUUUUAAUGAUAUGAGUAACCUGGUUGCUUCUCAAAUCAUGAUACACACUGAUGUGAGCUCCCGUGCCACUUCCAUUGAGAAGUGGGUAGCAGUGGGAGACAUUUGUCGUUGCAUGCACAAUUACAAUGGCGUCCUUGAGAUCACCUCAGCCCUGAACAGGAGCGCAAUCUACAGACUGAAGAAAACCUGGGCAAAAGUGUGCAAACAGACGAAGGCCGUAAUGGACAAACUUCAGAAGACCGUCUCAUCUGAAGGAAGAUUUAAAAACCUGAGAGAAACAUUGAAAAACUGUAAUCCUCCCUGCGUUCCAUACCUUGGGAUGUAUUUGACUGAUCUAGCGUUUAUAGAAGAAGGGACACCCAAUUUUACUGAAGAAGGCCUUGUAAACUUUUCCAAAAUGAGAAUGAUAUCGCACAUUAUCAGGGAGAUACGCCAGUUCCAACAAACCCCAUACAGAAUAGAUCAUCAGCCAAAGGUUAUUCAAUACUUACUUGACAAAGCAGUUAUUAUGGAUGAAGAUACACUGUAUGAGCUGUCCUUAAAACUUGAACCAAGACUCCCUGCAUGAGCGGCAAUACUUUUUUGUGGCUGCAAAGAGUUUGUAGCAGCUUAGUGUAACAAACCAAGUAUAGAUGCCAUGCCUGUGGAGUGCAAGAUAUCUACCCAGGGAUAAUGCAAGCAUGAGUUUUCUUCAAGAGGAGGUGGAAUCUUACAGGGAGAUUGUCCAUGACACUUUGGACGAUGGUGAACUUUGGGGUGAAAGUUUACGGUUGUAAUUUUCCUUUCAAAAACAAAAUGAACAAUGCACGAAGAUUUUGCUUCUAAGUAGCAUGAAAACAAGACUGACCACAAGCUAUUAUUUCAAAAUUAACAGAAUAAUUUUUUCUGCAAAAUGCAGUUUAAGUGACAGGCAUCAAGACAACUAUCUUCACCUGGAAACAUAGAUCUUUAGUGUAAAAUGAUUCAGCAAUUUUAGUAGCAAGCAGGGAACCGGGAGAGGGCGAUGCUUUUGCCUGUCAGUCAGUGAAGAAUAAAAAAAUCUAAAGGACUUUCGAAGGCUUCUGAGAGAAAUUUCUUUCUGAAUAAAAUUGUGGGCAAAAUCGAAAAGGAUCCUGUUGAGUUAAUAUAGAGCAACAUGCAAGUGAAGUAUAAACACAUGGAAGUUGCCUCUAUUUGUUUUACAUUUGGACAGUUGGAAAAUUUUAAUCUUUAAUUAGCUUUGGAUGUGACGGAGGUUUGCUGUUGCCAUCCUCAGAGAGACUAAGACACUGAAGCAGCUUCUAAAAACUUGAAAGGCUCAGAUAUCAGCAUGAGAUGAAUGCGGAAUCCCUAUGGCAUGAUUUCUAAAGGACAAAAUCUGCUUACUUGAUAUCAGUUUUGUUGUACACAUUAGAGUAUUCUUGAGAAUACAGGUAAUACUGCAAUAGUCAUUUGGGGUAUUAUCACUUGCUUAAACUUCAAUGGGCCUCAACUUUAUGUGUUGUAAAGUAGGACCAAUGGAGAGUCCCUCGGUAAUCUUCUAAGUGGAAUGCUGCAUGUUUUGUAAUGUAAGGUAAUGUUAAAGUGCGUCAUGUUUGAGUUGGCCAAUGUGUCUUGUUAAUGCUAUCCCAGGUGUCUUCUGGACCCAAGUGAACACUAUGGAAACUGCCAUAGACAUUAGAAGGAUUUUGACUGCUCAUAAUAAACAGCUGACUGUUUUAAUAGUA